GUGAGAGGAGAUUUACUACAAUGAUAUGGGGAUGAGUAGUUUGCCCGUUGGAACAAAGGGUGACCAGAUUGAGGUCGGGAAGGGCUGACUGGGUGAAGAGAGCUCGGCUCUGGUUAGAGAAGGCAGUUGGAAGUUAUUUGCAAUGCUGAUUAGGUACUGGUUCUGACUUGAGUCACGCUGACAGUUGGGCAUAAAAGAGCGUGUGGUUUCCUCUCUUCCUGGUUUGGUGCUACUGUCUCCUCCAUCACACAGCACAUCUGAGAGCACGCCUGCCUCACAUUCAGUCCUUGCUGCUUACACACUGCUCUCCACACACCCCGUGCCUGAAGAUGACCACAGAGUGUCCUUUACCUGCUCAGAUUGCGGUGGAGAGUUUCCUUGUCCACGGCGAGAAAUUCAUUAAAUGGGAUGACGAGUCGGGAGUGGGAUCACCAGUCAUUCUGCGGGUGGACGCCAAAGGCUACUUCCUAUCCUGGACCUAUCAAAACAAGCAAGUGGAGUGCCUGGACAUCACAAGCAUUCGUGACACCCGGAUAGGGACAUUCGCCAAAGUGCCGAAGAAUCCUAAAAUUCGAGAGAUUUUCAACGUGGAAAACCCAGAGUCCAACUUUUACUCCAAAUGCCUGACAGUGGUGUCCGGCCCAGACUUUGUCAACCUGACCUUUGAUAACUUUGUGGCCUUCAAAGAGAAUGUGGUUGUGAAAUGGUCGAAACACAUCCUGAACAUAGUCAUUCAUCCGUUCUCUCACAACGCUCCCAGAUCAGCUUUCCUGGACAAAAUAUACACCAAGAUCAAGAUGUUGGUGAAUGAAGAACGCAGGAUUCCAGUGAAAAGCUUUUACCAGAUGUUCCCCGCUGACAGGAAGCGGGUGGAGGCUGCCCUCUCCGCCUGCCACCUCCCCAAACUCAAGACGGACAUGAUCAAUUUGGAGGAUUUCAACGAGGUGGUUUUUCAGCAGUUUCUAGCACAGCUGUGCCCGAGGCCUGAGAUCUCCCAAAUCUUCGACUUGCUCAAAGCCAAAGCAAAGCCCUUCUUAACCAGGGAUCAACUGUGUCACUUUGUGAAUAAGAUCCAGCGAGACUCCAGGCUCAAUGAGGAGCUGUGCCCUCCCCUGCAGCCCGCACAGAUCCAGAGUCUGAUCGAGAAAUACGAGCCGAGCAACAUCACUGCACGCAAAGGCCAUCUGUCACCUGAGGGACUGAUUUUGUACUUGUCGGGUCCGGAGAACAGUGUACUGUUUCCAGAUAAGUUGCUGGUCAACCAGGACAUGACACAGCCCCUGUCACACUACUACAUCAACUCCUCCCACAACACCUACCUCACAGCCGGGCAGUUCUCUGGGCUCUCCUCCCCGGAGAUGUACCGCCAGGUGUUGUUGGCGGGCUGUCGCUGUGUGGAGCUAGACUGCUGGAAGGGGAGGCCACCGGACGAGGAGCCCAUCAUCACACACGGCUUCACCAUGACAACCGAGAUCUUCUUCAAGGAUGUGAUCGAGGCGAUAGCAGAGUCAGCUUUCAAAACCUCUCCCUACCCGCUCAUCCUGUCCUUUGAGAACCACGUAGACUCCCCCAAACAGCAAGCCAAGAUGGCAGAUUACUGCCGGACCAUUUUUGGUGACAUGCUUCUGACCGAGCCUUUAGAGAAGUACCCGCUGAAGCCCGGGAACCCUCUGCCCAGCCCGAAGGACCUGAUGGGAAAAAUCCUCAUUAAGAACAAGAAGAACGAAGCGGUGAAGGAGAACGGGCAGGCGGGUAAACGGGGGAAGGGGACAGAGCUGAGCAGUUGUGAGCAGAACACAGGCAGCGAGAGCUAGAGAGAGGCUGUGGAGGACGAUGUGUGUGAGAACGAGGAGGAGGCUGAGAUGGAUGGGGAGGACGAGGGGCUGAGGAAAGCCGAGUCUGAUGAGGGCACAGCUGCACAGGAGGUCCGGGCGUACGAGGAAAUGUCCAGUUUGGUCAACUACAUUCAGCCCAGGAAGUUUGACUCUUUCGAUAUUGCAAAGAAAAUAAAUAAAAGUUACAGCAUCUCGUCCUUCACGGAAACUAAAGCCCUCGACCUGAUCAUGAAAUUAUCUGGAGAGUUUCUUCAGUAUAACAAGCGCCAGAUGAGCAGAAUCUACCCCAAGGGAACGCGGGUGGAUUCCUCCAAUUACAAUCCUCACAUCUUCUGGAUCAUCGGCUGUCAGAUGGUCGCCCUGAACUUCCAGACCACGGACAUCCCAAUGCAGCUAAACUCCUGCCUGUUUGAGUUCAACGGCAGGAGCGGUUACCUUCUCAAACACGAGUUCCUGAGACGGCCAGACAAGAAGUUUGACCCCUUCACCUCGGAUCACAUUGACACUGUGGUGUCCAACGCUCUGUCCAUCACGGUUAUCUCAGGACAGUUUCUGUCUGAACGCAGUGUGAAGUGCUAUGUGGAGGUGGAGCUGUUCGGGUUACCCAGUGAUCCCAAGAGGAAAUUCAGAACCAAAAUGAACAGUGAGCCUAACUCCAUCAACCCCUACUGGAAAGACGAGAUGCCCUUCGUGUUUAAUAAGAUCCUGUUACCGGACUUGACUUCUGUGCGGAUCGCUGUGUUUGAAGACAGCGGAAAAUUUAUUGGACACAGGAUCCUCCCCCUGCCCGCAAUCCAACCAGGUUACCGCCAGGUGUGUUUGCUGAGUGAGAGUAACCAGCCACUCACCCUGCCCUCGCUCUUCCUUCACAUCGAGAUCAAAGAUUAUGUCCCCGACACACUGGCAGAUUUCAGUAAGGCGCUGACCAACCCAAUCCAGCAUGCGAGUGUGAGAGAGCAGCGAACCCCAGCCAUGAAGACCCCCACAGAGCAACCGGAAGAGGCCCAGACCAUGGAGAACAAGAACCAAAACGGUUCCCCGGCCCCGGCCUCGGAGGAUGGAGUGAGAGCUCCGGUUAGUUCGGGGUCUUCUGUGUCUUGCGGAACAAAGGAGAUUUUCAAAAGCUUUUCAGAGCUGGAACCACUGAAUGUGACUGAACUGCGGAACCACAAGGCGUUUGUGAAGCUGCUGAAAAAACAGGAGAAAGAGAUGAAGGAGAUGGAGAGGAGGGAUGCGAAGAGGACUGAGGAGCUGACAAACAGGCACUCCAGCCUCUUCGCCCAGCUCCACGCCCAGACCAGCAAGAGGAGAGCCGUGAAGAAGAAAUGGAGUUUUCCCAACAUCAACGGGGAAGCUCCGGGCACGGAACAGUGGAUUGCACUAACGGUCCCAGCCCAAUGACUUGGAAGGUUUUGGAACUGAAAGAAAAGCUGGAGAAGGAGCUGAGCAGCCUGCGGGCGGA